ACUCAACCCACUUUUGAAUGGUUCGGUGACAUUUAAACAACUUACAAACCAGAAAUCCUCAUCGGAAUGGUGUCAACGUAACACUCUCAUGUAUGCAUUCAGUCAAAUCGCUGGUUCUGUUUGUCCACCAAACAUACCGUUCAAUAUAACCCAUGUUCACAUGGUGGUUUACCCACUUUGCUGAACAGCAACCCAGAAUAAUGAAUUCUGAAUAAACAAUCCACGUAUUUCCUAUAAAUAACCACUCUCAAAGUUUCACAACGUUUAGUCCAUUCUCGGUUCCCAAAAAGAAGUGAUGAACAAGUUAGUUUUGUUCACCCUGGUGGUGUUGUGCGCGGUUUGCUACCUCUCCUCGGUAGAUGGUAGUCCAGAUCCCAAACGGAAGCAUCAUCAUCAUCGUCGUCACGACUCUUCGGAAGAGAGCAAAGAACGCCCCAGCCGGCGUAAGAACGGAGGACAUCGCAAGGGUCAACGCAAGGGAUCCAAAGAUCGAGAUUCGUCCUCCUCGGAAGAGUCCAAGGAGUCCGGCGAGAAGCAGCACCGCAGAAAAGGUCCAGGACGUGGCAAAAAUAGAGAUCGAACGAGUACGACUACUUCAACGACGACGCAGUCAACAACUAGCAGUUCGACUACGACAACAACCCCAACAACAACGCAAUCAACCACACUGUCAACAACUCCGUCUACAACGCAAUCAACUACUCAAUCGACCACACCAUCAACAACUCCGCCAACAACAACAACAUCAACGACAACGCAAUCAACCACAACAACCAGUUCUACGACUCCAGCGAGCACGGCUCGAACGACCCCGUCCAGGCCACGUGACCGGGAUGAGCAGGAAGGAGGAAGACCCCAGAACAAUAAUGGAAACUCAACUCCUUCCGGUCGAGAGGAGCGGGAGAGGAAUAGUACCCCAAGGAAUAAUUAA